GGCUUUGCGUACGAGCCGGGAAGUUGUAGUUCUUCACGGCACAUGCACAUCUGUAGGACUUAUUAUCGACUAAUAUGAAUUAAACUACACGUCCCGACGUCACGGUGUGCGGGCUCCAGUAAAUGUUGUGAAUAUGUAAUUGCGCCCGCACGACUGGCUGCUGCUAAAUUUGGCGUCACAGACAAGGGCAGGCUGGUACAGUUGGUUGGUGAGGUGGUCUCUCGCUCGGAUGUGAAGCGUAAAAGGAGGUUGGAGGAGAUCUACUGAUUAAUGCGCGACAACGGGGAGUAACCUGAGAUGCUGAGCUGUGGAUGAGCUGUGCCACGAUGCGUCAAAAGUUGAGGCUUCGUAGGGAAAACAAAGAGGAAAAUAUAAGAUUUGUGUUAGUUUGAAGGGAAUUCUUUGAGUUUUGUGGACAGGGAAGGAGGAGAAUAAUCACCUGCCUUAUUUUUGUUGUCAAAGGAUGCUUCUACUUUUUACAGGACCUGCUCUCAGCCCGCUCAGCGGCUACUGACUGACUCUUUACGCACGGGGGAAAAAAAAAAGCUCCUCACGCAUUUCUUUCUAUUGCUGUAUUUUUUUCUUCUUCUUCUUGUGGAUGAACUUUACGCCGCCUUUUUAAUGAUUCGAGAUCUGAGCAAGAUGUACCCCCCGGCGCGGCAUCCGGUGCCACACCAGCCGGGGCAGCCGUUCAAGUUCACCGUCACCGAGUCCUGUGACCGGAUCAAAGAGGAAUUUCAGUUCCUGCAAGCCCAAUAUCACAGUCUGAAACUGGAAUGUGAGAAACUGGCCAGUGAGAAAACUGAGAUGCAGCGACACUAUGUAAUGUACUAUGAAAUGUCAUACGGGCUUAACAUCGAGAUGCACAAGCAGGCGGAGAUCGUCAAGCGGCUGAAUGCAAUCUGUGCCCAAGUCAUUCCCUUCCUCUCUCAAGAGCACCAGCAGCAAGUGGUGCAGGCUGUGGAAAGAGCCAAGCAGGUGACCAUGGCUGAACUUAACGCCAUCAUAGGACAGCAGCAGCUCCAGGCUCAGCACCUCUCCCAUGGCCAUGCCAUUCCGGUCCCGCUCACCCCCCAUCCAGCAGGCCUGCAGCCCCCUCUGCCCCCCGGUGCCAGUACUGCCAGCCUACUGGCUCUGUCGUCAGCUUUGAGUCACCAGCUGCCACUUAAGGAUGAGAGGAAACACCACGAGAACAACAGUGAGCACACGAGAGACAGAGAUUCAGUUAAGAGUUCAUCCGUGUCUCCAUCAGCCAGUUUCCGGGCUGGAGAGAAACAUCGGAGUUCCAGCGAUUUUUCAUCUGAGAGCAAGAAGCAGAAGACGGAUGACAAGGAACUGACCUCCAGCCGCUAUGAAAGUGAUGGAGAAAAGAGUGACGACAACUUGGUAGUGGACGUCUCCAAUGAGGAUCCUACGUCUCCUAGAGGAAGUCCCGCCCACUCUCCUCGGGAGAACGGAUUGGACAAAAGUCGCCUGCUAAAGAAAGACGCCCCCCUGAGUCCUUCUUCUAUCGCCUCCUCCAGCAGCACACCUUCAUCCAAGUCCAAAGAGAUUAAUUUGAAUGAAAAAUCUACAACCCCUGUGUCUAAGUCCAGCACCCCAACAUCCCGUUCUGAGGCUCCCACACCCAGCAGCACCUCCACCCCUGGCCUGAGACCUGCACCGAGUAAACCCACAGGAGCCGAGCUGCUGGCUUCCGGUCUCCGGACGCCGCUCGCAGUGCCCUGCUCGUACCCCGGACCGUUCGGCAUGGUUCCUCACCCCGGCAUGAACGGAGAGCUGAGUGGAGCGAGCGCCGCCUACUCCAGCCUGCACAACAUCUCCCCACAGAUGAGCGCAGUGGCUGCUGCCGCCGUGGCGGCAUAUGGGCGCACGCAAGUGGUGGGAUUUGAUCCUCACCAUCACAUCCGUGUCCCAGGGCUUCCUCCCAACCUGUCAGGAAUUCCUGGUGGAAAACCAGCUUAUUCCUUUCAUGUGAGCGCUGACGGACAAAUGCAGCCUGUGCCUUUUCCUCCAGAUGCUUUGAUCGGCCCUGGCAUCCCACGCCAUGCACGCCAGAUCAAUACUCUCAGCCAUGGAGAGGUGGUGUGUGCUGUCACCAUCAGUAACCCGACUCGUCAUGUCUAUACCGGGGGCAAAGGCUGUGUGAAGGUGUGGGAUAUCAGUCAUCCGGGUAACAAGACCCCUGUUUCCCAGCUGGACUGCCUUAACAGGGAUAACUACAUUCGCUCGUGUCGCUUGCUUCCGGAUGGACGGACGCUAAUUGUAGGGGGCGAGGCGAGCACUUUGUCAAUAUGGGAUUUGGCUACACCAACUCCUCGUAUCAAAGCAGAGCUGACUUCAUCUGCACCAGCCUGUUAUGCUUUGGCCAUCAGCCCUGACUCCAAGGUCUGCUUUUCCUGCUGCUCGGAUGGAAACAUAGCUGUCUGGGAUCUUCACAACCAGACUUUGGUUCGACAGUUUCAGGGCCAUACAGAUGGAGCCAGUUGUAUAGACAUCUCUAAUGACGGAACUAAACUUUGGACUGGAGGUCUGGAUAACACCGUUCGGUCCUGGGAUCUGAGAGAGGGACGGCAGCUGCAGCAACACGACUUUACUUCCCAGAUCUUCUCUCUGGGUUACUGUCCGACAGGCGAGUGGCUGGCUGUGGGGAUGGAGAACAGCAACGUAGAGGUCCUGCACGUCACCAAGCCUGACAAGUACCAACUCCAUCUACAUGAAAGCUGUGUGCUCUCCCUAAGAUUUGCUCACUGUGGGAAGUGGUUUGUGAGUACAGGAAAAGACAAUCUACUCAACGCAUGGAGAACUCCAUACGGAGCCAGCAUUUUCCAGUCAAAGGAGUCAUCCUCUGUGCUGAGCUGUGACAUCUCCAUAGAUGAUAAAUACAUUGUGACGGGCUCAGGAGACAAAAAAGCGACGGUCUACGAGGUCAUCUAUUAGGAAAGCUGGACUUAAAGGUCAUCCUUGCAUCUGGGUGUAAAGUCACCAUCAUCAGUAUAAAAAUUGUAUCCAAACAAACACAAAUAUGUUCCGGGACCAUGACACGUUGACCUCCUGAUUCUGUUUGGUUGAGAAUCAAAAUGCACAAAGCACACAUUUUUUUUUUUUAUCUUCCUUUUAUUUUUAAGUGCCGUUCUACUGGUUUAAGUAUGAAAGAAUGUCCAUGUACACUAAGUCUGAAUUGGCCAGAUAACAUUCCUUUAUGUGACAUUUAACACAAGUAUGUCUUAUAUUUGAUUGUUUACAGCAUUUAGACAUUUCUAGCUUUAACCUUUGGUGUUCUGGAUGGCACAUCUUUUAUAACAAGUUUUUAUUGUCAUUUCUGCAUAGUUUCGCUACCUGAUUACGUCUCAAAGAGUUGACAUUAUGCCUUCAAAGGGUUCAUGACAGAGAGGGGUCGUAAUUAUGCACAUGCAAGUUUGUUUUUUAAACAAUUGCAGACGCUGGCCAAUUUGUGGGCUCUCCUAGUAAAGAUGUGUAAAAAGCCUUUAAAUGAUUAAAUCUUUUAUUGAACGCAUUUAAAGGUAAAACAGAAAAUUCCUUAUUAAAUUGAGUCAAUGAGGAAAAUUUAUUUACAAAAAUUAUUGUUUUCAAAUUAUUUUUAAAACCACUGGUGGCACCAGGUUCCCCUGGUGUAGUUUGGUUCCUUCACCAAACUACUGUUAAGUUUGGUGAAGGAACUGUGAAAGUUGAAAGUACUGCAAUAUUUAUGGGUUUGUUGGAGACAAAUACUCAGAUUAAAGGUUGGUGUUUUUUCUCCGUAUAAUUACGGAGAUUAAUUAAAAUUAAAAGAUACAUUUAUUUUAAAGGCGUUUUCACAUUCAUACUAUUGGUGCCAGCAAAGUGUCUGUAUGUAAGGGGCUUUUUUAAAGACAAAAAUGAUUUUAAUAACAUGGGUUUCAAAGGCAAUAUGUUCAUAUUUAUUAUGUUGAUGCAUUUUGUCUCCCUUCACUUUUCACUUUUAAACUUUUACAUGUUUUCUUAAAUAUUUCUCAGAAAAGCCUUCCACAUGCCAGAAUCAACAACAGCUAAUUUCAUUACAAUUGCAUGUUGAGGGGUGCUUGUUGUGUCUCAGAAAGUUUCUUUAAUAUCUCUGAGCUCCUUCAAGGACUGACAAAGAGAGGCGACAUGUUGAACAAAAAGGGAGCUGACCUUCAAGGAGUAGUUUGAGAGGACACGCUAAAUAAACACACUAAUGAAGAGGAAAAAAUAAAUCAUCAUAGCCUAAGGACUUUUAUUGUAAAGACUAGUUUGCCUAAUCCAAAAACAACAAGAUGUCUACUGUACAGAGGUGUGUGAUGUAUUUAAACUGUAUUAUCUGCACUCAUUAAACAAACAUGUAAAAAAACAAUUUUCAAAUGUGCUGAAAGAUUUCUUUUUGUAUUUGAACAGAUGAGGCGUAUCAUUUUCUGUUUUCUAUUGUUUAAGAUGCAGGUUAUUACCCUCAGUAUUUUCUACCAGUAUUCCUGCUUAUUUUUCCUGCCUUUUCCUGUAAUUCAGGUUGAGGCCGGAAGUUCAUACACACACAUGUGUGUUUUGUGUCUAUGUUUCGAUCUUGUGGGCGCUUUAUGAGCAAACUGCAGAGACAGCCAUCGGUGUCCUCACUCCUGACUGACCAUUGCACUUGGUUCUGUCUCCCAGUUUGGACUCCUGUGAAUGCUCUUUCACUCUCAUCUGAUAGUUCUUCUGUAAAACUGAUAUAUUGGUGUUUUGAAGGUCAGCUUUCUCAUUUUUGAACUUGGUUUUCUGGUUGUGGACUUCUUUUCUUUUUCUACCUAUAAAAAAAUAACAAAAGUAGUCGUGAUCGGACAGGAUUAACUUUGAUUUAGUUCUGUUAGCUUGUAAAAAACAAAAAAAGAAAAAAAGACAGAAAAAACACAGUGCCUUUAUGCUUCUAUGCUUCUUGGAUUUCCUUUCCACUCUCCUGCUUGUUCAAUAGUACUCAGAGCAUAAAUGCAACUUUGUUUUACAAACGUCAUUAUUCUAAUUAUUGAUUUAACUAACUAUGGUAGUGUCAGAAGGUACAUAGAGGUAAAACUUGUGUGCUACAGUCAGACGUCUUUAUCAAUCCAAUUCUGAUUAAUCUUGUCACAUUUGAGUAUUUUUAAAACAUUCCAAAUGUUCAUCCUAGAUUUAAGUGGCAGCAUACAAAUCUUACUUAUAUUGUACGGUAUUCAAUGUACUUGGUGCAAAACCACGUAGACUAACAGCAGAUUAAGUCAUCAAAACAUUGCAGAUUAUAUCAGUAUCUACGAGUGUCUGAGGUAAAAUAUAAAACUGAUAAAUAUGACCCAAAACUUCUAUUUGAUCCAUGCACUCUCUUUUUUGUUCUCCUAAACAAGCCCACUGUAUGUAAUCUUUUAAAGCUGCAGUAUGUAACUUUUACUAAGAAAAAAUUUCUUUUUCAUAUUUGCUAAAGCUAACACUAUGCUGUGACAGUACGUACGAGACACAUAAUCUGUGAAUAAAUUAAGCGCCUCUGCCUUCUCCCUUCUGCCACAUGUUUGCACAGCUCCUGGUCAGAAACAACCAAUCAGAGCCAGGAGGAAAGUCUUAGCGCUGUAAAUUCUACCUGUGUAUACGCUACUAAACAACUAACCGUUAAAGAAAACUCGUUUAUUGUGGGCAGCACGCACACAAGCAUGAUUUACAGUGCUAAGACCGUCCUCCUCUUCUGAUUGGUUGUUUCUGACCAAGCGGUGUAUUUCUGCAGUUAGCACUGGGAGCUUGAUUUAUUUCACAGAUUAUCAGUCUCAUCUUAUACUGUCAUGGCAUGGUGACAGUUUUAACAAAAUGUAAUAUGUUUUACAGAAAUUAUUAGAGAAGGGUAAUUAUGCCCAUGAGAGGAGUAUGUAAACUUUGAGAGCUGUGCAUGGAAUCUGUUUAAGAUAUGAUCAUUUCUAGCACUACAAAGAAGAAAAAUGUUUUCUUUCACUAACGGAAAAAAGGGAAGAUGUGUCAUAGUUAUUUACCUUUUUUACUGCAGAUACCUCAACAGAGUUUAAAAAGCUUAACAAGAUUAAUGUUGCUGACCAAUAUUUUGUACCACUUCUGCCUACUGUUUUACACACAGACCAAUAUAUAUUUAUUUAUUUUUGUGAGUAUAAUUUGUGACUUUGUGUUAUAGUUUCUUUCAGUACUUGAAAUGGCAAAACUUUCCAUUUUAAAGCUAAAUUAUUCAAGUUUCUGUCAUUGAAUGCUCUGCUGUUCAUCAAAUCUACUGAUUAUCUGUUGAACUGGAUUCUCUUCUGCUUUCAUCCAGAAAACCUGAAAUGUGUUUUUGUUGUACUCAAUGUAAAAAUCCAGACCUGAAUGUUACCUUUCUCGCUUCAAUGCUACAUGAGCUACACAACAUCAAAUACUCAUUAUAUACCAUGAAUUAAUGAUGUACAGAACACUUGACUGAGCUCAUGAAGGUGUUACAACUUGACUGUAAAAAUGUAAUUAUUUAAAAUAAUCCUGUCACCAGUCGAGCUUUUAUUCUUUCAGUGUAAAAUGCCUUCACUCUCUUUUCUAGUCUGUGAUUGAUUUUAUUAAAUUAUUGUGUGGAUUAAU